AUGAUUACAUGCGGACUAACACUAGUCAAGCAAUUCCCCAAACUACUGGCGUUGAUUUUAACAAUUGUGAAUAUUGCACUAAUAUUUUUUGUUUUGAACGGUGCUACGCAUGAUUCAAGUGCAUACAAUAGUUUGGCACUUAUUGAGUACAAGUUCAACUCGAGCAGUGAUAUCUAUAGUUUACUCUCCUUACAAUAUAGCAAAAAUCAUAGCCACGAGAAGCUUGAUGAGUUUGUAAUCAAAGUCGGAUACAGGGGUGUAUGUAUUAGUUUUACCGAUGGCAAGGACAACUUGAACUGUGGGUACACGAGCGAUAUGGAUGCUGCCUAUUCGUCCAAAGUCCCCUCUUUCUCUGUUACCGACAACAACAACAGUACCGGCCGAGCAUCACUUGAGAUGUUUGAUAUUGCCUAUUCAAUUCAGGAGAAAUCGUACAAAUCCAACAUAUAUAUUGCCGAGCUGAUUUGUUUACUUGCUGCUCUGAUAUGCCAGGUUUACACAAUUUUGGGCUUUCUCCCCUUUCAGAAUUAUGUUUUACUGCUAAUUUUGGGUGUCUUGACAUCUUUUUUCAUUAUUAAUUGCAUUGCCAUCACAUGGUUGAUGGUUGUGCUAGGAAAUUUAGUCGGUGUUGGAGGUGUGCUGACUAUGAACAUUCUCUCAUUUACAGUAGUCUCCAAACCUGUAGGUAUUCUAUGUGCAACUUUGGCCAUAACUAUCGUCCAGGGCUCCCUCUAUCUUUGGCAUUUCUUGGGCGGAAACAUAAAGGUGCAAUCCAAGAAUUCUACUACCUCUAAGGUAGACAUGGCCAGUACCGAUUUGCAUCGAGGCAUUUCUGACUACUUCCCCAACAAAUUUGCUAGAGGUGCUGGCUAUGGCAGGUAUGGCGAGUAUGGCAGGUAUGGAGGGCACGGAAGAUACGACGGUUAUGGAAGAAAUGAGGACUACGGCCCCAGUGGUCCUGGGUAUAUCAUCAACCCUUCGUUAAAACAUGCCUGGGACUUUGAACGGGGACCAACAAGUUACGACAACAGUGUCCUGUCGUCCAUAACAACGCUACGUGGCACCCUGUAA